AUGAGAACGCAACAAUCUGUAUCAGAAGUGGUUUUGUCGUACGUUCGAAAAUUGUUAGCUACGGUAACCGGUUUUUACGGAUCUGUGGGAAGCUCGUCGUCAAGGUUCAGUACCAUGAUCAAUGGUACUGUCGUCCAUUUGAUCAUUUCACUCGUCUCGAUGUUAUUUUCUUCCGGAAUCGCCGCUUUGACGCAACAAUGCUCCCAAUUUUGCGUGUGUGACACUUGGUACGAUUUAGAACGCGCUUCUUGCGUGGGCCGCCAUCUUUACAACAUACAUACAGGUGCGCCGGACAAUGUGCAGGCACUGGACUUAUCGGAUAACGUGAUAUCAGUUUUAACCAGUUUCGAGUUAGCGAAUAUUGGAUUCACGAGACUGAAAUACCUCAAUCUUUCUAAAAAUGCAAUCAGCGAAAUUGAUCUGAAUGCUUUCGACGAACUAACAGAUUUAAUGGUCUUGGAUUUAUCACGGAAUAGGCUUGAUGACAUUUCUGCAGAAGUCUUUGAGAGAAAUAAGAAUCUACGAAUAUUGAGAUUGUCGAAAAAUAAUUUCAAGUCGCACAUACCGAAGUUACGAUCCUCUUCGUUAAUGGAGCUAAGUCUGGAUUCAUGUCAAAUUAGUCAUUUACCUCUAGACACGUUCAACGGACUCGAGCACCUUCGUCGUCUCGAUCUUGCAAAUAAUUUGAUGAUUCAGAUGAACACCGUUGCCGUGCAAACGCUGCAUUUUUUGAGGAAAUUGUCAUUGAAAGGAAAUCCGUGGUCUUGCAACAAAGUUAUGCUCGAUCUACAAAUGUAUCUCAGAAAUAAAGUCAUCGAGUUCGACGAAAUUUGCAGCAAGAAAGGGAACGUACGAAAGUUUGAAAAGAUGAUCGUUCUCGAUACGAUCGAUACAAUAUCGCGCAAUCACCAUCACUCGGAAAUUGCAAAUCCCAAGGAAACUAAGCAACGAUCAAAUCGAAUCGAAAUGGAGUCUAAUAUACUAAACGACAAAAAUCUGUCAACGUGUCAAGAAACCGCAAAUCCAACGCUUGUCACCUACUCGGAAGAUAAAUCUGUAGCAUAUUGGUUCCUUACUCUUGGCUUUGUACUUGGUAUUUUGAGCGGACUAGUUAUUUCUUACAUUUGGUUAUCGAGAAUAUGUUGGUGUAACCAGAGAUCUAUGCGUGAAGGAUUAGUAAUCUCUCAAUUGUCUUUGGUGAAUUCGUACUUGCAAGGGCGUAUGGAUAGCGAUGGAAGCUUGUCAGAACUUUACCCAAGUACUCCUCCGCCGGCUUAUCGGGAUGUUAUGCUACAACCAAGCCUCUAUCGUUAUUCAUCGAGAAUUUCAAAUUUAAAUAACGAUGCUAACGGAUAUACGGAUAUAUCAGAAGAUACAGAGGCAAGUAUACGUUAG